AAGAACUCUAUUCCUGACAAGGAAAAAGCAUAUCUAGACGAAGUUCGCACAGUUAUCGUAAGCGGUCUCAAUAUUGACACAACGGACGAAACAUUGCACAUGUUUUUUGGACAUGCCCGAAGAUCUGGCGGAGGUAAAAUCGAACAUCUUGAGCGAUGUGAUUCGGAUGUCGCUCAUCUCACCUUUGCAAAGCCUGAAGUGGCAGCAGAAGUUUUGAAGCGCGAGAAGCUGGAACUUGACGGUUACUUAUUACAAUUGAAAGAAAAACAACCGAAGCUGCAUCUUCCUCCCGACAAGAACAAAUUGUACAUCGAAAACAUUAAGCCGAAGACUACAAAGGACAAUGUUUCAAAUUACAUUGAGCUUCAGACUGACGUAAGAGUUUGUGAACUGUGGUUUGGUGACAGUCAAAAUGCCAUAGUCCUUUUUGAAAACACAGUAGAUCUCGAGAAAGUAUUAAAAAAGAAAAAACCUUUAGAAGGAGCUGAGCUGAAAAUUUCCCAUCCUCCCUUAUGUAACACGUUGUUGAUUACUGGCCUUACCCAGAACACAACAAAGCAAGCCAUCGAGAUGUACUUUGAAAGUGAGAAAUACGGUGGAGGUAAGAUCUAUGGAGAAGUCAUUCACCAAAAAGAGCGUGGAGUAGCAGUUGUUUCUUUCUGUGAUCCUGACGUUUUGAAAUCUUUAUUGUCUAAAGCAGGGUUUGGAGACCCCUGGUCUAAAGAACAGAAAUUAAAUGGAGCCAAGCUGGGUGUCUGUCAGCACUACCAGUUCAUGCGUGAGAUCAAGGAAGUUGUCUAUAAAAAGAUAAGCGUCGAUCGUUAUGUGUUAAAUCACGUAAACAGAAAAUGUCAACUUGAGUUCAGUGAUCAUUUGGGAACCGAAUUGCUUCAAAGGAUCAAUGAAAAUAACGGAGAGUUAACAUUGCCCGAGGAAAUGGCGAAUGCUUGUAAGUCGUAUUUUGAUAGGUUUGUUGUUUUGGAGUUGCCCUUCAGCGAAAAGUUAUUUCAAAAAUCGGAAGAUGAAUUGCGAAAGCUAUGUGGGUUACCGGAAGUGAAAAAUGAUGUUACGGCCAUUAUGGAUAAGAGUAUGGUCAGGGUUGUUGUUGGAAAGGAAAAGGAAAAAUAUGCUCGGCAAAUGUUUCAAGACGCCUUAUCAAAGAUGGAAGAAAGCCUCAACAUUGUUUCCACGGAGACGACUGUACCAAAAAAUAAACUGGAACUAUUAUCGUUACAUGGAUUUGACGCAUUUUUUGGCAAGAAAUGCCAAGCUGAUGUUUGUAUUGUGAAGCGAACUGGUCUAAUCUCGAUCAAAGGAACAGAGAAGCAAGUACAACAAGCGAAAACUUUGAUUUUAGAAAAGUGCAGUCACAUUACAGAGGAUAGCAUUCAGAUCAAAGAAGCACAGAAACGAUUUCUUGAGUCUGGAAAUCUGGACGCCAUCAAUUGUCGCAUGAGAGACGCUGGAAUGAAAGGGAUCAUCUUAUUCAAUGAGGAAUCGAUAGGAAAUAAAAUGAAAGUGCUUGUAUUCAAUGGCACCAAAGUGAAAAAUGUGGAGACGUUUUUAAAUGAUAACAUUUAUGAGAAAGUAUUUCGUCUGGAAGAUGAAAGCGUUGAUCUACUUCAGACUAAUCUUUGGCAAGACUUUAAGACUAAAGCUCUUCAAAACACCCCUUUUUCCAUCGAUAUCAUUGAAAAAGGCCUUGAUAAGAUAUCUGUCAUCGGUGAAAGAAGAAAAGUGGAGGAAACCUGUGAAGCGGUGCAAGAAUUCAUGGAUGAAAACACGAUUGUGAGUGACGAAAUGAACGUCGGUGCUGGAUUGAGCAGAUUUCUGAACGAGUACCAUGGGAAAGAGCUUGAGAAUAUCUGCCAUAUUUUCAUGAAUGCGUCUGUGAAGAUUGAAAGCAAAGAUGGAAUUAUAAAAAUUAAGGGGACAAACUACGGUGUCCAGGAAGCUACAAAGAGUAUCAAUAACAUUCUAUCCAAAGUGGCUUCGGACAAAGUUUCUUUCGUGGAAGCUCGUGCUCGUCAAUAUUUUCAUUCACAAGAAGGCAAAGUGUUUCUGACUGGAAUGGAAUCACGGCAUAAUUGUGUAAUUCAUGUCAGUGAAGACAGUACUGGUGCUUCAGACAUUUCCAAUACCAUACCACCGAUUUCGUCAAGCGUGAUCACGCCGAGUUCGAGGUAUAUUGGCGAUUACGAAACUGCGGAAAAGAUUAAACUUCGUUUAUUCUUAGGUGAUAUAACGAGACAUCAGUGUGACGUGAUCGUGAACGCUGCAAACGGAGAUUUGAAGCAUGUUGGUGGAGUUGCAAAGUGCAUUCUCGAUGCAGCAGGUAAUGAGGUUCAAGACGAGUGCGACGCUUACGUCGAGGCUGCGGGACCACUCUACGAAGGAGAAUGUUUCGUUGGAAAACCGGGAAAACUGCAUUUUAAGUGCAUUAUACACGCUGUGGCUCCAAAAUGGAACGACAGAAAUCACGAGAAAACGCGUAGAAUACUUCAUGUUACAUGUACAAAGGUGCUGUUUGAAGCAAAGGAGUUUCAAAGAAUCGCAAUUCCUACUCUUGGGAGUGGUGUCUUCGGAGUUCCAAAGGAGGUCUGCGCUGAAGUGAUGAUUGAGGCAGCGAAGGAAUUUAGUAGCACUCAUGGUGAUAGCAAGCUGAAAGAGAUUCAUUUUGUCAACAAUGAUAAGGCCAGCUUUGAUGCAUUUCAAAGGCAAUUUGAUUCAAAAUUUGGCAGUGGUUCUUCUGUCAAGACGAACUUUCUUUCACGGCCAAUACCAAGAAAAAGACAUGUCGAAAUUAAUAGCAACUCGUCUUUCGGCAAGAUAGCACCAAUCGUCUCAAAAUUGAGUCUUGACGAAAAAAUUCGCGAAAGGAAGCCUGCUGACCAUAUUCUUAUCGAAGGAAAUAUAAAAAUUUAUAUUGUUGUUGGUGACUUAUCAAAGCAUCGGGCUGACAUUCUGGUCAAUACCACUGGACAAACUCUUCAGCUCAGUUACAAUCACUGCAGUCGAUCAUUGAGCGCCGUCGCAGGACCUGAACUUCAGAACGAAUGCAAUAGGAUCGGCCCAUUAAAGUUGUAUGAAGUGAAAGUCACUGCGGGGGGUAAUUUACAAUGCGACAGUGUUUAUCAUGUUUUAUGUGUUAAAUGGAACAACGGCGAAGGAGAAAAGGUUUUACGAUCAAUUAUUAAACAGUGUUUGUCAACUGCUUGUGCAAAUGGAAAACAAUCUAUUGCAUUUCCAGCGAUUGGGACUGGUGUCCUUGAUUUCCCUCACAAAGAAGCAGCGAGAAUAUUCUUUGAAGUGACCAAGUCAUUUGCGAGGCAGAACUCAAAUUGUAGCCUGAAAGAAGUUGCUUUCGUACUUUUCCGCAAAGAUUUGAAAAUUAUUGAAGCUUUUCAAAAUGAAUUAAAGCAACAAGAAGAAUGGAAUGACAGCAGUGAAUCUGAAGACGGCGGCUCAAGUGGAUUUCAACAACGAUUUAAUAGAAAUUUUAACUCGUCUCAAAACAAUAAAAGUAUUGUAGUGUGUCUUGAAGUUUGCGACAACAAAGUAAUCGAAAUUGCUAAAGGUGACAUCACGAAAGAGUCGAGUGAUGUCAUAGCCCAUGUGACCAACUCCAACUUAGUGAUGCGCAGUGGCGUUGCCAGAGCCUUAUCUCAAGCUGGGGGAAGAGAGAUCAAACGUGCCUGUAAAAGUGCUUUAAAUAGUAGCCCGCCGUUAGCUUCCUCUACUGUCUUGACUAGUGCUGGGACUUUGAGGGCAAAAUAUAUUGCACAUAUGGUUGCCAGAAGCAAUCCAAGUUUAAAUGAAAUUGAGAGUUGCCUGAAAGAUUUUUUUGAUACCAUAAGAAAAAUGGGGCUUCAAAGUGUCUCAUUACCUGCCGUUGGAACGGGCUCUUUAAACCACGAUCCUGAAAAGGCUGCCUUGACUCUUCUUAAAUCAAUCAUACGUUCCCAACGGUCAAAUCCUGGCUCGCCCAACAAAGUUCGUGUUGUUUUGAAGGACGACGAACUCGUCGAAGUAUUCCAGAAAGCUGUAAAGACGAUAAGCGAAUGUGGCGAUCAAAGCUUAUGGAAGAAAAUUACCAAUCCUUUCUCUGGAUCGUCCGUCCCUCGCAUUACUGUACAGCCAAAAUCAAAAAAUGACGCCAGAAUCGAUCUAUCGAUCUAUGCUAAAGACGAUGAGUCUCUAAAAAUGGCAAUAACAGGAAUUUCGAAUAUUAUCAAGUCCCAGAAAAAAAAGGACAAAUUUGAAGACGAAAACAUUAAGAACUUAUCAACCUCGCAAAUAAAGGAUCUGCAAGACUUGUUUGUUGCUAACAACAUCCAAGCUACAAUUGAAGUAAACCUUGACCGAAUUCUGAUGUACGGACAUCCUGAUGACGUUUUUAAAGUCAAAAAUGAGAUUUUCCGGUUUUUAAAAGAACUUGAUAAAGUAGAAACAGAGAAAAAGAGGAUUGAAUUCGAUAAGGGUUUGGCCAAUAUUGUUUCCCAGUGUAUCCAAUGGUACUAUGUGAAUCCAAAAACUGGAGCUCCAGAGGAAUAUGACCCAGGAACAAAUGCCAUAAUUGAGAAGGCGUAUAGCAAGAAGGAAAAGUCCGUAGAGUUUCGCUUCAAAAAACAAGAUUGUGAAAUUGAUUUCGAUGCGAAGUUAGGGAAAACCUCAACUCAUAAACUGAAAAUAAUAAGAAAAGAUCUCAAAGCCGAAACUGCUCUCCCUGAUUACUGGGAUCCUCAGCCUCGUGAUGCAAACGGCAAAGAACAUGUCUUUCAUCUUGUUACUUUGGAUCAGCAGAAUCCCCGUCAUCAGAAGGAAUACAAUGAGGUGAGCGCUGACUUCUUAAAGACUGCCAGGCGCAACAUAAUUAGCAUUCAAAGAGUCCAGAAUCCCACUUUGUAUAAGCAGUAUCUGCUGAAGAAGAAAAGUUUGGAUGAAAAAAAUGGAAGCUGUGAAAAAUGGUUGUUUCACGGCACAGCAGGCAAUAAUUUACAAAAAAUCAACAAAAGUGGACUGAAUCGAAGUUUUGCUGGUAACUCUCAUGGAGCGGCUCACGGACGAGGUGUAUACUUUGCUACUGAUGCAUCUUUGUCUGCUGGAUAUGCACAGCCAUAUGGCUCAACCGGAAGUCGAUAUAUGUAUCGCACCAAAGUUGCUGUUGGUAAAUAUACUCGUAGUAACCCAAGUUUCGUAGUUCCACCAGACAUAUCUCCGGGUAAUGCUUACGACUCUGUUGUCGACAACAUGGCCAAUCCGAAAAUUUAUGUCUUGUUUUACGAUAAUCAGUACUAUCCCGAGUACCUUAUCACCUUCACUUGAAAUUUUACUCAAGACAAGGUGCUGUUAAACGAUUUUAAAUAUGUGUAAUUUCAUCAUUGACUACCUAAGUAAUGAAUAUAAUAUUUCUAUAAACAUAAAAAUGUUUUAGAAAAAAAGUUUAGACUCAACCCGAAACUCGGUUUUCUAAGACAUCUUUGUUAUUGUACAAAAUUGUUGCUAUAUAAUUUUUGCAAAUAAAAUACCUACGUGUCUUU